GUGUGUCCAAACUUUUGACUGGUACUGUAUACAACUAUCAAAAUCACUGCGUGUACAGUAUCAUAUAGCACUGUUUCCCAAAUACACUGCUGGUUUGUGGUCAGUACAUCCUGGGUAGCGUGUGUGUUUUUGUAUUUUAGUGUACAAUGUCCGUAUCAGUAUGGCACAUCAAGAUUCAUUGGCAUAGUUGGCUCCUCACCCUGAGAGAGUAAGUUGAUGUGAGGUGCUUCAUCACUGCAGGCAACACUCCAAUGCUUGCUGCUCUCCACAGGCAGUUCAGAACCUGAUGGAGGGAAGAAGAGAAGAGAAAUGGGAGGAGAGGGCAGGCAAGGGGAUGGGAGAGGGGAUGGGGAGCGGGCAAGCGAGGAUGGGAUGAGCAGGCAAAAGAAGAGAGGAUAGGAGGUGAUGGCAUUUUAGUGGAUCUGAGUUGAAGGGAGGGGAGGAGGAUGAAGAGGAGAUUGGGAUAUGGAGAUUGAGUGGGACUAUUCUGUUGGCUAUAAACCAGCUAGAAGUUGUCAGCUGCAGUAAUCUCAGUGUGGUGAUUUAGAGGGUUUCAAAGCUGUAGUGUGUUAGUCUGCUGAGCAGAUCAGAACAGUGAGUCAAACAGCAGUGAAAAGAGGUCAUGGUCUCACGCUGGAUAAGCCUCUGUUUUGAACGGUCUAGAGAGGGAUGUUUACUAUGACCACUACAUUAAAGCAGAUUGUGAUGCUUUUUAGAUUGAAACAGAUUUAAACAUUUUGUGUUUGUUCACAAGGCACUCAUUUGUAAUUUUCAGCGGUUUUCCCUAACACAGGUGUUACAUUAUGUAUUAUGUGUGUGGCAGCAGCCCUCCAGUCUUUCAGUAGUAGCAGGCGCUGCCAGUAUCCACAGGUUUGUCCUCCGUCUCUCCCUGGCUCAGCCAAUCAGCAUCGAGCUGGGAGGAGGCAUAUGUUACUAGCUCUAAUGCUGCCUCAGCAUCCGAAAGGGAGGGAUAAGAGGGGAGGGAGGCGGGGGGGAAGAGAGAGGGAGGGGAGAGCGAGAAUUCUAGACUGUACAGCGGCAGCAGUGUCGCAGCUUAGCAAAGAAAGGACAAGCAAGAGUAUCGUCUGACAGAAAGAGGAUACAAUACAUCAAAAGAGUGGAGAAAGGGAAAACCGCUGCGAAGCCAGUGUCCACCCUCUCUCUCUCUCUCUCUCUGGAUGAUGCCACAGUAGUGUUGAACUGAAGCCGGCAUCACUCUACAGUAGCAGUUGCUGCUCUGUCUCUCUCUCUGCCACCACCACCGCUGCGGCUAAUGGGAUUGCUGUUGUUUCUGUGGCCGUCGCUCGUUGGCCUGCUGGUCUGAGCUCACAUAGCUCGAGACUGCUCUACUCUGAACCAGAUCUCCUGUACCUGACUUCUUCUCACUCCAGCAGUCGGCGACAGACCGUGUGUAUGUCAGGUGUACUUUGUCGACAGACACCAAGGGGAUUAUACUUCUUGGCGUUGUGAUCCAGGAACAGUGUGUAAAAGCUUCAGAGGCGUGUGUUUUAGCCCCCUUCCCCUGGUCCCGGCAGUGUGGGGCGCUGGGCCAUGUUCAGGGAGGGCCAUGAGCCCGGGGCGUAUACUGUUGUUUGUCUUUGGCUUUGUGGGGGGGGCCGUGGUCAUUAACUCUGCCGUGCUGGUCUCUCUGUCUGUCCUGCUGCUGGUGCACUACUCUGUCUCUACUGGCCUCCCUGCCCUGCCCGCCCUGCCACGACCGAACAGGAAGGAACGUCCCAUCUCCAUGGGGUUAUUUCAGUUACCAGGAAGUGAUUUGACCCCUGACCCACAGAGGGAAACUGUGGAAAGGCCGUCUGAACCAUGGAGAUAUAACGACCUGAGCCACCCUCACUCCAACACCAGCCUUAAGGAUGAGAUGUCAAAUGCUAACCGUGGAGGCUCCAAGUCCAACCCACCUAUGUCUCCUAAAGGGGGCUCCAAGUCGGGGACCCCCAUGUCCAGCCAAGGAGCAGGCUCCAAAAUGUCCUCGCAGCAAGGUGGCUCUAAAUCGGCCACCCUGAUGUCUUCUCAAGAAGAGUCCAAAUCCAGUACCCCUAUUUCAUCUCAAGGGGUGGACUCCAAGUCGGUUACCCCAAUGUCCACGCAAAGCGGCGGCUCCAAAUCUGUCUCCCCAAUGUCCAGUCAAGGGGGCGGGUCUAUGUCGGCCACUCCCAUGUCUACUUCUGCGUCUGAUGUUGCCAUGGCAUCUGUGGGCACGCCCCACCAGGAAGAGUUAGAGGAACUGAGCGAGGGUCUGAACAGGAACCUGGACAGAAGCGACAGGAAGCCAGAUAACAUCAGCAGUAAGAACACCACAGUACAGGAGGGACAGGACUCCGAGCUGAGAGGAGCAGGAGUCAGAGGAGGGUCAGGACCUCUCAAAGACGCAGCAGAUGAUAACACUGAGUCAUCAGAGGUGCAGUCCAUCAUAGAGUCUACUCCUGAACUGGACAUGGACCUCAGUGGCUACAAAGACGCCAGUACUCCUUCUAAAGGAGUAGGUAUAGAAAACUUGGCGUUCGACAGGAACACAGAGUCUUUGUUUGCGGAGCUGUCCUCGGCAGGACCCGACAUGGAAGUAGACAUAGCAGACAUGGACGAGGGGGCCGACCUGCUCGGUAUGGGUCGUGAAGUGGAGCACCUCAUCCAUGAGAACACUCAGCUGCUGGAGACCAAAAAUGCGUUGAAUGUGGUGAAGAAUGACCUGAUAGCGCGUGUAGAUGAGCUGUCGUGUGAGAAGGAGGUGUUGCAGGGAGAGCUGGAGGCCGUGACUCAGGCCAAGACCAGACUGGAGGAGAAGAACAAGGAGCUAGAGGAGGAACUCAGGAGGGUUCGGGUGGCAGAGGAAGACAAAGUGAAGACCAAGAGUGAGGAAGAUGCGGAUGUUCCCACGGCUCAAAGGAAGAGGUUCACAAGGGUAGAGAUGGCCAGAGUCCUCAUGGAGAGGAACCAGUACAAGGAGAGACUGAUGGAGCUACAGGAAGCUGUACGAUGGACAGAGAUGAUACGAGCAUCUAGAGAGAACCCUGCCGCCGCAGACAAGAAGAAAUCCAGCAUCUGGCAGUUGAGUUUCAGCCGGUUGUUCAGUUCAAGUGGUGGAGCAGCUAAGAAACCGGCGGAGGCGGCUCCAGUCAAUGUGAAGUACAACGCCCCCUCGUCCCAGGUCCAGCCCUCCGUGAAGAAGAGGAGCGCAGCGCUGCAACAGCUACCCAGUGACAAGAGCAAGGCCUUCGACUUCCUGAAUGAGGAGUCUGAGGCAGGCAACAUGGUGUCUCGUAGGGAGCAGAAGAGAGCCCAGUACAGACAGGUGAAAGCCCACGUUGAGAAGGAAGAGGACGGCCGGGUACAGGCCUAUGGGUGGAGCCUGCCACAGAAAUUCAAGGUGGCCAACGGUGGUCAGACGUCAGAGAACAAGAUGAAUAAUCUACCUGUACCGGUCUACCUCCGACCACUGGAUGAGAAAGAUGCUACCAUGAAGCUGUGGUGUGCUGUAGGUGUGAACCUGUCAGGGGGUAAGACUCGUGACGGGGGGUCAAUAGUAGGAGCCAGUGUGUUCUACAGUGACCUGACCAGCCCUGGUCCUGAGAGCCGUUGCAGGAAGACAGGAUCACAGAGCAGUCUGGACAAACUGGACCAGGACCUGAAGGAGCAGGAGAAGGAGCUGCAUCACCAGGAGGAGCUGUCCUCUCUGGUCUGGAUCUGUACCAGUACUCAGGCCACCACGAAGGUCAUCGUCAUCGACGCCAACCAGCCUGGGAACGUCCUGGAGAACUUCUUAGUCUGCAACUCCCACGUCCUCUGCAUGGCCAGCGUGCCAGGUCUGUGUUUGUGUGUGUUUUUAUAUGAGCACUCAAGACCCAGCAAAAUACGUAUAUUUAUUUUGAUUGUAGCUAACCAUAACAUGUUUGUUUGUACACGUUUAUAUAUGGUGGUCUUGGGUGUAUAUGUGCUUGCGUGUGUGUCAGGUGCCAGAGAGACUGACUACCCGGCAGGGGAGGAGGUACCCCAUAACCCGGAGGCGGGGUCAAGUGCUGAGGGCGGGACUCUCGAAGACAGCACAACCAGUAGUGGCUCAGGGGGCGAAGCUGGAGUGCUGGCAGGGAUCAAUGUGGUUGGCUGCUCUACUGAGGGGGUGGUGGCUACCCCCCAGACAGCAAGCCCAGAGAAUGAGACCGACACAGACUCCAAGGCUGCAGAGGAGGCUACUGAAGCUACAGAGGCCAGUGCAGGUCCCGUAGGUCCGGAACAUGACUUAAGUCAGAGGGGAGUCUACACUGAACAUGUCUUCACUGACCCUCUGGGUGUUCAGAGUACUAGCCCUGGGAAGUCGCCAGCCAACUACACACAGAGGGAGUCUGAUCUGGUAAAGGAUGGUGUGAGCUCUAACCCUAACCCAGAGGAACAGGACCUGAUGAGAGAAGAAGCCCAGAAGAUGAGCAGUGUUUUACCCACCAUGUGGCUGGGGGCACAGAACGGAUGUGUGUACGUGCACUCGUCAGUGGCCCAGUGGAGGAGGUGUCUCCACUCUAUAAAGCUGAAGGACUCUGUCCUGGGCAUGGUCCAUGUGAAGGGGAGAGUGUUGGUGUCUCUGGCUGAUGGAACACUGGCUAUCUUCCACAGAGGAGUGGAUGGUCAGUGGGAUCUGACCAACUACCACCUGUUAGACCUGGGCAGACCCCACCACUCUAUCCGCUGUAUGACCGUGGUUCACGACAAGGUCUGGUGUGGCUUCAGGAACAAGAUCUACGUUGUCCAGCCCAAAGCCAUGAAGAUAGAGAAGUCAUUUGAUGCCCACCCCCGUAAGGAAAGCCAGGUGAGACAGCUGGCGUGGGAUGGAGAUGGUAUCUGGGUGUCGAUCCGACUGGACUCUACUCUGAGACUGUUCCACGCCCACACACACCAACACCUGCAGGAUGUCGACAUAGAACCCUACGUCAGCAAGAUGCUGGGUACGGGGAAGCUGGGCUUCUCGUUUGUCAGGAUCACAGCUCUCAUGGUGUCCUGUAACCGUCUCUGGGUCGGCACUGGCAAUGGAGUCAUCAUCUCUAUACCUCUCACUGACACCAAUAAGGUGACGGCGGGGCCAGGUAAACCUGGUGGAACAAUCCGUGUGUAUGGUGAUGAGAACAGUGACAAGGUGACAGCUGGAACCUCUGUACCCUUCUGCUCCAUGGCUCACGCUCAGCUCUGUUUCCAUGGUCACCGAGAUGCCGUCAAGUUCUUCACGGCUGUCCCAGGUCAGGUGAUCCCAUCAGGUGCUGGCGGAGCAGCAGAAGUGGGGAGUGACAAGUUGGUAGAGGAGCACCCUCAACAACAGCAGGAAAGGUCUGUUCUAGUGAUGAGUGGUGGAGAGGGAUACAUUGACUUCCGGAUGGGUGAGUUGGCUAGGACCGUAUUAUCAGACAAUCAAUUGGCAAGUACUGUCCGUAUAUGGCAGGGAAUGAAAACAUACAGAUUUGUAUAAAUUGAAGUGGCUUAAUGUUUGUCUGUGUAGGUGACGAGGCUGGGGAAACUGAGGAGCCACUGGAUGAGCACACUCUGAAGCUGCAGCCUUUCCUGGCUAAAGCUGAGAGGAGUCACCUGAUCGUCUGGCAGGUCAUGGGCAGUCAGGCCUGAACUUUUAACCCUUGAUCUCUAACCCUGCCACAGAGAUGAAGAAUGGGAGGAGCCUGCUCGAAGCAGGAACAAAGCUGGCAAAUCAGAUUCACUCCUAUGCAUGUUUCUUUUUGUUUUACGGUUAUUUUUUAUUUAAUUUGUAAUUUACUGAUUGUAUUGAAUUUUAAAUCUGAUACAAGCCUGUUGCUCUUAUAUUAUUAUUUUUAUUAUUAUUGAAAACUAAAUCAUUUGUUUAUUUAAUUUUCUUAGGUCAUGUUUUACACUUGGUUUUAUAUUGUAUGCCUAGUGUCCAACCCCUUUGUCCAAAUACUGCGUGGUGAUUGGUGGGAAUCAAUGUAGGUUCAAGGUAUGUCUUUGGCCACACCCCUGUCCUCAUCUUUGCUUCCUUUCAGUAAAGGACCGAUGGGACAGAGGAGACAAUACUGCAUGAAACUGUACGAGACACAGGAGAAUAAUAAUGUCGGUGUUUGAACUGCAAAACCAAAUCAACUGCAUGAUGUCCAAUAAGAAAGCAAGUAUUACAGGACAAUCCAGCGAUGGAGCCAAUCAUGUGUGUCCUAAAUGAUACAGGUGUGCUCUUCUUGCAUGAUCAUUUUUAUUUUAUUUUGUGAGAACAUGGAUGUUGCAAUACAGUUUAAUCAAUUGUCAGUUUUCUGGACUUGGGAUCAGUGUUGUUCUCCAUGACUAUGGUCUAUGGAAAACCUGAUAGAUCGCAGAUCAAUCAUGUCUGCAGCUGCAGGGUCAGAGAAUCACCCUAUACCAAUACCUAAAAUUGCAUCCUCCCUUCCUAGGGGUAAUUACAACUGGGUUGGAUUGAUGAUUGAGACAGAUUAGUAGUUAAUUACCUCACGGAAGGUAGGUAGGAAGGCAGGUUUGCACUUUAAGUGUGUUGGAACAGGGUCUCUGACUUUAGUUUCUGGGCCGCUGCUCUCCCAUCCUGCUCUCCCAUCUUCCUUCCCAUCAGUUAGAGCUUGCAGACAUUUUACAAAAAUCAACUGUUGCCUUAGGUUUGAAAGUUUUUUUUAAAAAGUAGAAAAAAAAGGAAAUGUUUAAAACUGCAUUAUGGACUUUUGAAGUGUGACUGAGUAUGUAUACCUAUGUGAAAGAAUGUUACCAAAGGAAAAAUAAUUUCAGUUGAUCAGAAUAAAGUAAAUGUACAGUGUUGUAGCAGUAUUUUCAACCCGUCUCUCUGUAGAUACAAUAACAUUUUGACAGACCGUCUUUGUUAUAAAGUUUGGUGUAUGGAUAGAUAUAUUUUUAAGCCAUCUCUGCAAAUGCAGAGAUGUGAUUGUGUAUAAUAGCUGGUUUCUCUGCGCCUGGAAUCUUUUGUAUGCUGAGAGUAGAUGUUACCCAUAGGCACAGAUCUAGGAUCAAUUUACCCUCCACAAAUCCCAACGUGAACAAUUAGGGGAGGAACAACUCAACACUGACAUUAGAUAAGCGUCUAGGGGCAACGUCUUCCUUUUACCUUUUGUACACUAGGGGACAGAGUGACUGAUCUCUGACCAAACAGGAUCCCUCCUGAUAGGUUGAUAGUCUCUGAACACUUCAGUAUCAUAUUUGAAGCCUAUUUUUAUUAGACUUUUUGUAUGUUUGUCUUUUCGACCAUAAUCUGUGGUUGCGUCUAGAUGGGGAGUACGGUGUAAUUUAAUCUGUGGUUGUGUCUAGAUGCGGAGUAAAGUGUCAUUUGACACACUGCCAGAGUCUGGUCUGUGUACCAGCAGAUUGUGCUGGUGAGUGACUACGGUGUCUCGUGAGGAGUGAACGAGGGUGUGUGUUUUGCCUUUGCUGGUCUGUGUGUGUGUGUCUGUCUGCUCUCCAGGAGAAGAGACGUUUCAUAUCGCAGUUUAGCCAUUUCAGUAUUUAUUUCUAUGAAAGAGUCUUUGCAGUUCAGAAUGUAACUUUGUACAAUAUGAAAUAUGACUAUAUGAAUAUAAAUUGUAUAUGAAACAUUGAAAUGGCUUGGGUUUAUUGUUUUGACAAUGAUUGUAAUUGGAAUGGUUGAAUUAGAGAGAGAGACUACUGCGCUAUACACUACCCUGCUUGUACAAAACAUUAAAAACACCUUCCUAAUAUUGAGUAGCACCCCCUUUUGCCCUCAGAAUAACCUCAAUUUGUCUGGGCAUGGAUUGUUCAAGGUAUCAAACGUUCCACAGGGAUGCAUGUUGACUCCAAUGCAUCCCACCGUUGUCAAGUUUGCUGGAUGUUCUUUGGGUGGUGGUGGACCAAUCUUGAUACACACAGGAAACUGCUGAGCAUGAUAAACCAUUCUUACCCAUUUAUCCUCUGAAUACCACACAUACACAAGCCAUGUCUCAAUUGUCUUGAGGAUUAAAAAUCGUAUUUGAACCUGUCUCCUCCCCUUCAUCUACACUGAAUUGAAGUGGCUUUAAAAAGUGGCGUCAAUAAGCUUUCAACUGGAUUCACCUUGUCAGUCUGUCAUGGAAAGAGCAGGUGUUCCUAAUGUUUUGUACACUCCAGGGGGGAGGUUGAGUGCACUGGGUAGAAGUUGACAUUAGGCACAGAUCUGGGGCCAGUGUAUCUUCACAAAAUCCUUCAUUACUGCUAAGGUCAAAUGUGAAACUGACUUUAGGUCAGUGCCUAAGAUCAACUUCUUCCAACUGUGUUGAACAGGUCAAUGUCCCCCCCCCCAACUUGUGUUGCUGUGACUGGUUGUCCCCAAUAACAGUACAUCCAUCACCUAUGUACUGAUACAGCAUAUCUUUAGCCUUUAAUUAUUUUAACUAUCAAUUAAACUGACUUGUGGGGAAA